AAUUACCCUGAUAAAAACCUCGUCACAAGUAUUAAAACUGGCCAGAUAUAUAUUCUUUUAUUUAUUUGAAUGAAGUGGUCUAGUCCACUGUCUUUCCGGACUCCAGAGCUGUCAAACGCUUUGAAAGAGGGGGAGGGUGAACAUGGCGUCUGAGCAGGAGAGUUCUAAUGGGCCUGUGAAGAGGUCCAUGAGGGAGAAGGCCAUGGAACGGCGGACCACCAACAAGGAGCACAACAGCAACUUCAAGGCAGGCUAUGUGCCCAUUGAGGAGGAGCGCCUGCACAAGACAGGCCUGAGAGGACGCAAGGGCAACAUGGCUGUCUGCAUCAUAGUCCUGCUCUUCUUGCUGGCUCUCAUCAACCUCAUUAUCACUCUAGUGAUAUGGACAGUGAUCCGCAUCGGGCCCAGUGGUUGUGACAGUAUAGAGUUCCAUGAGAGUGGGCUGCUGCGCUUCAAGCAGAAGGCCGACAUGGGCGUGGUCCACCCACUACACAAGAGCACUGUGGGGGGCAGGAAGGACCAGGACCUGGUUAUCACCGGCAACAACAACCCGGUGGUGUUCCAGCAGGGCUCCACUAAGCUCAGUGUUGAGAAAGAGAAGACGUCCAUCACCAGUGACAUGGGCAUAUCCUUCACUGACCCCCGCACUCAGAACACAUUCUUCAGCACAGACUUUGAAAACCACGAGUUCCACCUGCCCAAAGGAGUCAAAGUACUCAGUGUGAAGAAAGCCUCCACAGAAAGGAUCACCAGCAACGCUUCCUCUGACUUGUCCAUCAAAGGGGACAGGAAGGCCAUCAUCCGCGGCAAUGAGGGGGUCUUCAUCAUGGGCAAGACGGUGGAGUUCAGGAUGGGAGGGGACAUAGAGCUCAGAGCUGAGAACAGUAUUGUUCUGAACGGGUCGGUGAUGGUGAGCGUCAGUCGCAUGCCAAACUCCUCAGUGGGGGCCAACGUGUAUUUCGACGAAGGUCUGUUGAGGUACAAGCUGUGUAUGUGUGCAGAUGGCACUCUGUUCCGUGUCCAGGUGAAGUAUCAGAACAUGGGCUGCCAGACCUCAGACAACCCCUGUGGAACGGCCCACUAAAGAGACUGGAAGACAAACUGAUGUUACACCAUCCAUCUUGUCCUACAAUUAACAGACGGUCAAGUAUGGCCAACCAGUGUUGAAAUACCCUAGAACAAUGUGCCGUGCAUACUGCAUACACAUUCAAAAUGUAACACC